GCACUCGGUUCAGGCUUUAGGGAAGUACCACGCUACACGUCAAUGAGGCUAACGCGAAUAAACGCAAGAGGAUCGUAAAAAAAAAGCGAAAACGAAAUCCCUGAGCGUACCAGCUUCUACUCCGUCUUCCUUUUUUUUUUCUUCACCUGAAGGCUCCUGACUCCUCGCCGAUUGUGCUAGAAUUGUGACGUCAGAGACACACGCUAAACAUUCUUGCGUGCCAUUUUUGGAUAAAAAGAUAUUUCGAUGAAACAUUACUUUAGCACACUUUUAAAAUGGUUCGAAAACCAUCUCUUUCCCUUCAUAAUCGAUCGACAGUUGUAAAAUGACUGGAAUACGCAUAUGCAAAGUUAUUGAUUGACAAGGGAAAAAAUAGUUUAAAAAAAAUAAUUUUACAAGUGUGCCAAAGAGAUUUGUAGUGUAGUUUCAACAAAAUGUUCUUUUAUGUAAAAAUGGCACGCAGAAAUUUUUAGCGUGUAUUUUCUCGCGUCUGACGUCACAAUCUGACAUGUCCGAGGAUCCAGGAGCCUUAAUUCUUCUUCGAUUCAUCGCCGAAAAUUAUGUUUGCGAUCGUUUGAUUUUCACGCAGCACUUUUACAGGGUUUAUAAUUUUUGUGGGGUGGAAAGGAGGGAGGGAGGUAGGAAAUAUUGUACGUAGGGUGAGAUCUGUUAUUAAAGAAAAGAAUUUAUUUCAAGUGUGAUCUAAGAGAGUAUAGCGAGUUAAAAUGUUCAACAAUUUCUAUAAUAUUUAAAUAAGGAAAAUGUAGAUUUCGUUUUUGACAAAUAUAACUGAGUUAUUCAAGUGUCAAAAAUUAAAAUAAUACAAUAGCAAAAUACAGGAUUUUUCGAGAAAUCUUUCGAGAAAUUAUAUUGAUAUUAGCGACAUCACAAAGUGUUCUUUCGUGUAAUAUUUAUAUAUAAUAUUAAUACUAUCUCUUUCGAGCUUUUACCUUUUUCCUGUAUCAAGACUAUUUUGAAAACUUUCCAGAAUAGACAAUUCGCUCGUAUCGAAUAAAGCGAACUGUCCUUUUUUUCUCUCCCUCUCUCGCACAAUUCAGUUUUCGUUAAUUGUAUAAUUUUUCCCCCGAUUUUUCUCUUUGUUGCAAUUUCAGCAUGUAUUUUCGCUUCGUUAUAAUACUAUUUUCGUAGCGAGAUUUCUUGCCUUUCUCCCUUAGAACUUAGACCCACUUCAACUCCCAUUUCGGUCGCACUGUAAUAUUUAUUUCAGAAAUCCUUGACAUGUGUUGCUCAUGAUUAAAAAAAAAAAAGAUGAGAAUAAUCCGUUGUAUAAAAAUUGAAUCGGGACCUUCGUGUGAAACUUACGUGCACAAAAAUAUCCAAUAGUCUUCACAAUCUCAAUACACUAGCACCGCACUUUUGCAAUAUUUAGAUAUUCUGGAAACGUACCGUUAAUCAAAUAAUUCCGCGAUUUUACUCGUUAUCAAUUAAAUAUGCAUAAUAACUGGUUAGCCACGCAAUUGGUAACAAUUGAUAUUUCCGAUUGUAUAUAUACGCGAUGUCGUAUUAGCUCAAGUCUUGACUCGAAGAGAACUUGCAAGAUUAUAUUUAGGUCUCGAUAGUUUCGCAAGGAUAAAUCCACCCUCGGAAAUACAAUCCCCCUUCACAUUUUUGCGUUUAGUCGUAUUAGUUCGUGUGUGCUCUAUAAAUCUAUAAAUAGUCUAUACCGUUUAAUCCUGCCUCCCAGCCUAGAGCGUGCGUAGAGAUGUGAAUUUUUAUUCAUAAUUCAUAUAUGUUUAAUCGAACGAUCGCGAAUUGAUGGUACGCUAUAAAGAGCAGUUUUGAAAAUUGAAAGACAAAAAAGAAUUUUUUAAAUAGCACGUUUUAUAAAUGAGAGAAGACGCGAUUUUUCUCGUCGGAAAUAUGGAAAACAGCUAAUGGAACAUACGUAAAUUAGCUACGAAGUCUCGAAAAGUCGAGCAGUUUUGACCAUUUUAUAUCAAGCUGUGAUAAAAAAAAGCGAUUUGGUAGGAGAUUGUAGAAUCUUUUCCCUCGUCAAUCUUUUUUUAUUGUCACCUGCGAAAAAAAACUUGUAAACUCACAUCUCUAGUUGCAGCGUGGUACUAAAGUUCCCGCAUUCACCACUAUUACACAUACACACGCAAAACAUACACGUACACGUCAAUUAUGAAACUUCUUUAGGAACCUUUUUUGGAACCAUUACGUAGCGCCCUGUCACGAAUCACGAACGUAUUUUGCCACCUGUCACACAGUGUGUCCCUGAUAAAAAAAAUAUGUACAAAGAUACCCCAGAUUCACGUCACAUAUUGCUCUCAUUCAAGUUCAACAAUCCUCAUCACAGUUAUAUAUGUGUAUAUGGACACCGUAAAAAAUCAUCUCCACGGCUCUCCCUCCUCAAAAUUUAUUCAAAGUGUACCCCCCCAUUUUCUUCUAGUAGAAAAAAAAAAGAAAAGACCCACACGGUAGACACGAACGAUCUUAGAUAUUCCGCCCCUUGUAGUAGGAAAUUUUCGGCGAUCUCCUUCUCUUCAUGUUCAAAGAAAAUGAAUUCUUAAUCGCGGACGAAAGGAGCUGAAAAUUUUCUAUUCGCGAUGUACACAUUAUUGUUCGAAUGUAUGCUCUCUUCUCUCUGCUACGAAUUCCUCACUCUCUUCGAUAAUUCUCAUUGCCAUAAUUACCAUAUAUUUAUUGUAAGAAUGUUCACGAAUUUAGCAAUAAUAGUUUGACGCCUGGAUGAGCGAUAGAAGAUUUUGUCACAACUGGAUGGAUUUCACUCUACAUCCUCUUGAUUUAUUAUUAUUUUUUUUUAUUGCAAAUUCUCUAGAGAAUCGUUCUUUCGUGCUUCUCGCGGUAUCGUAUCUCGAUAGCGGUUCAGGGAUCAAUAUAUAAAUAUAACCCGAGCGUGACAGCCGAACGACUGUUAUGUAUCGAAUAGUCAAUCGCAGAGAAAUUUGCAGCGGAGACAUAUUUUAUAAAUAGUUGACCCUCCAUUGCACGAUAUUGGCAAGGAUACAAAUCACGCGACCUGGAUUUCUACUGUAGAAAUGUUGCCGCUUUUAGAAGUUCCCUUAACAAGAACCAGCCAGCGAUCUUUUGCGAGAGGAGACACGCGUUUUCGUAUUUUUCAUACAAAAUUUGCUGUUUUUUUUUUUUUUUUAUUUCUAUUUUACUUUCCAAAUUGAUUUUAGUGUGGAAAGAGAAAUCUUGCAAUGAAGGGUUGAUCACUUGCGUUAUGGAUCAGAUUUCGUUCUGAUGGAAGAAUUUCACUGCGACAGUGAUUAAACUCAUUCUUCUAAAAAUCGACAAAUUUUUUUGGGGGACAUUUAAUCGUUUGCGUUUUUUUUUUUUUAAUGUAUUUAGAAAAUUGGAAAAGUUUGAAAUGUUAAGUCUGCUAAUUCUUGUAAUUCAAAGCGCGAUUAGUAGAUUCAUAUAAAAGGAACACUUAAGAAAUGAGGUCUUCAGGAUAAAGUUUUAAUUUUCCUAAUGUUCGGAUAUCACUCAUAAUUAUAUAUAUAUUUGAGAACGAUAUUCUGCAAAAAAAAGAGAGAGAAAAAGUUAAAUUUCGCCUAACACAUUUCAGCUGAUUGUAGAUAAAAACUUGUCAUUGAUAACUCACGAAUGCAAUUAGAACGCAGCUUAAUCAAACUUUUUUAAUACAUUCUAUGAACUUGACCACGUUUUUAUAUAGCAUUCUUAUUGUCACAUAAAACAUUCACAUUCUUAUUCUUUGUAGCAAAUUCAGGAUGCCGCAUAAAUUUUUUACUUAAAAAAAAAUAGAAAUAUGCACAUAUUGGCGCGUAGCAAAAUUCAUUUAAUGAAAAUAGUGCCAAAUAUUUGAUAAUUAAUUAGAGCGAAAUGACCCCUUAAGUUUCUUCUUUAAAAAAGCUCUACUGCAUGUGAAUAUAAAUGCACUUCAUUUUUAUAGCUAAGGACAUGAUCGAUCAAUUUUGACGUAUUUUGGAGUAAAUUUGGUCACAAUUGUAAUUUUGAAACAAUAUUUAUAAAUAAGCAAUUCAUUAAUUGCUCUUUUGCAGAGCUCUUUUUACUCCGAUUCGCAAAUAUUUGUCAAGAAUAUUUGUCGUCUGUCCAAAUACAUAUAUCCGGCAUGUUUCGGCUUUUAAACUUUAUUAAGGAUAAAAGACAAAAAAUUGACAUUUAAAUAUAAAAAUCGAAUAAGCCAGUCUUUUCUAUACCGUUGCAAACGACAACGCAAAAGCGCAUUGUGUUCCUAUAAUAUAUCUUAAUCUCUCAGUGUCAAACAUUUUUAUAAGACUGUCGAUUUUAAUAACGAUAUUUAUAACGAAGUCCCAAUAUAAGAUCGAGUGUUAAUUUACGUCACGUGUAGUGUUCUCGUUGGAACAAUAUUGUUUGUCUUCCAAGUUUGUAAUUUCGCUAUAAUUACGUCGUUCUUUGGCUUUUAACAUCUUGUCUCUUCCGAUGGCUUGCCAGACUAGCAAUAAAAAAAAAAAAAAAAAAAAAACGAGUCCCCCUCAAUUGCUCCCCCAAUGUAACUUCGAGCUCGCUCAUCUUCCGUUUCCGGUCUGCAAAGACGACGUUACUCGCGUGUCAACUGACUUCCGCUUCGAUUUGUGAGCGUUCGAAAUGUACGACGUCCGUAUACAGGAUGCCCCAUUUGCUGACUGAGUGUCCUUUUUACAUACAUCAUCUGUAUAAAAAUAUAUUUGGAAAUUUAUCGAGAGAAAAGAUUCCCAUUACAUCUUUUUUCUCAGUACACUUCAAGGGCUGCAUCCUCGAAGAGUCCGAUAAAGACUUUAAUCAAACGAAUCUUGUCAGCUAGAAAAAAUUCCGCGAUCAUCCAACCAUCAUCCUCUUUCAUUACUAAUUAAUUCAUUACUAAUUCCAAGGAACAAUCAGCAGGAUACGGUGGGACACCCUGUAUACGCACACACACGCACACACACAUACACACACGUGUAUGCAAGAGCAUACAUAAACAUAAAAUUCUGUACAAUUAGAGAAGCCGAUUUAACGAUCGGGAAAACAAUGACUUGUGGCGAUGGACAAGAAAAUUAAAGCAAAAUACACACAUCGUAGUAGUAAAAAAAAAAAACGUCGGGGUGUCCGUCGUUUCGGCGUAACGCUCCUUCCCCCCGCCCCCCGUUUGUAAUUUGUGUAACACUUUUUGAUCGUUUAUCGAUAUACCGUACACUUGUUAACGCUAUAUAUAUAUAUAUAUAAUAUAAAUAUAAAUAUAUAUAUAAAAAAAUAUAUCUGUUUUACGCGGUGAUUCUCCCCCGAUCGAGACGCGCCAUUUUGUCGAUUGAUCCGAUUCGAUUUCGAGGGAUCGAUAUAUAUCGAUGGAAGGACGUGGGGGAAUUACCGGCGUCCCCGAAGGACGAGAGCGGUAUUCCAAGCGUAGGGAAAUCUAUUGUACAUUGAUUAUUGAUACAUUAAUUAUGAUAACAAUAAAUUAUAUACAAAGUCAAAGAGGAAACGUUAUAUACAUAUAUAUAUCGGAUCAGUCUUAGUUUUUUCCGAACACAAUAGUUCGUUUCGUUCUCCAAUUCGUUUCUUUUUUACCCUCGUUUUUUUUUUUUUUUUUUUUUUUUUCAUUUUGUUCCGUCCACGCGGUUGAUGACUGACGUUUUAAUUUCGGAGCCGAUGUAUGCACGGACUCCAGGUGGUUGGUUGGUCUCUCUGCAUUUUUCUUCAUUUUAUUACACGGAGAUCGAAUCUCCGUUCUCCCUCCGAUUUGCGAUGCGCGAUUUGUCCUUGUUCUCCGUUUUUUUUUCUUUUGACUCUUUAUACCGUAUCUCUUUAUACCGCAAUGCCGGAUUCGUCGCUCGACCGGAUGGCAAUAUAUGUAUGUCGAAGCCGACAAGCAGGAGAUAUCUAAUCAACGGGAGAACAAUAAUUUUGUAUACACCGAAAAAUCCUCGGCUAAACGAGCGACAAACGGCGAGGUCGAGGUGAAGGUUUACAAAGUUGGAGAAUCGCCGGAUCUUAGUCCGGUGAAAAACGCACGAAAUGGGGAAGCGGAGGAAACGGAAGUUAAAAGAGCGAGGAAAUGGCCAACUGAUAAAGCCUAUUAUAUAACCAAGGAGCUUCUCGUGACAGAACGAACGUACAAGAAGGAUUUGGAUGUUAUUAAUGUGUGUUUCCGGGAGGAAGUUUCCAGGGAAGCGGAAUUAGAAGGGGAAUCGGUAGUCUCUCUGAUCGAGUUGCUCGCUGACGCUCACGGGCCUUGCCUCCAGGAGAUGGAGGUACGCAUUAAUCGCUGGGAGAACAACGUCCGUCACAAUAUCGGCGAUUUUCUCUACAAUACGUUGUUGAACAUCCUGCCUCUCUACGACCAGUACCUCGAGAAUCUAAUUCCGGUGCUGGAGAAAAUGGAAUACUCGAUGCGAACGUCACAACGCUUCGAUCAACUCUGCCGGGAUUUCGAGUCACAGAAGCAUUGCUAUUUGCCGUUGACCUCAUUCCUUUUGAAACCUUUGCAACGAUUAUUGCAUUACAACAGUAUUAUCGACAGAUUAUUGGAUUAUUAUCCGAAAGACCAUACCGAUUUUGAAGAUUGUUUGGCAGCGAGAGAUAGACUCGGCGAAACGCUACUUGAGGGACUUACAAUUAUAAAUCAAGCGGAAAACCUGGUACAAUUGUGCGAAAUGCAACGAGACAUUACUGGCUUUGACAAUUUAGUGCAAGAAGGUCGAAGGUUCAUUAGACUAGGGUGUCUACAGAAGUAUAGUCGUAAAGGUUUUCAACAGCGUAUGUUCUUCUUGUUCUCGGACGUGUUAUUGUAUACAUUCCGUACUCAACAACCAACACAAUGCUUCCGUGUACAUGGUCAACUACCAUUGAAAGGAAUGAAGAUUCAAGAUGCGGAUAAUAAAACUGGGACGGAUUUCGCGUUUAUUAUUGAUGGACAAGGAAAUCAAUCAUUAACAGUUGCAACAGGUAAUGAAGAAGAGAAAGAGAGAUGGAUAGAAGAUUUGAACAUCGCUGUAACGCAAGCCGAUGCGUCAGAUGCGAAGAUGCCAUAUUUGAGUUUAAAGUCUUGUAUUUUAGGUUCAGCUGACGAAGUCGGAGAUGGUGUAGGAUUAGAAGUAGAUCGAACUAGUUGCGGAGGUGCAAAGGCCUCACAACGUAGCAAUACUACAGUUCAUGUUUGCUGGCAUCGCAAUACAAGUAUUAGUUACAGCGAUCAAUUACGAGCGUUUCAGAAUCAGCUAAGUGGAUUUCUUCUGCGGAAAUUCAAAAAUAGCAAUGGUUGGCAAAAGCUCUGGGUUGUAUUUACUAACUUUUGCUUAUUCUUCUACAAGUCUCAUCUAGAUAAUUUUCCCUUGGCUAGUUUGCCGUUAUUAGGAUACACUGUAUCCACACCGUCGGAAAAAGACGGGAUUAAUAAGGAUUUUGUAUUCAAACUACAAUUCAAGAAUCAUGUAUAUUUCUUCCGAGCAGAAAGUGAUUAUACUUUUGGAAGAUGGAUUGAAGUCAUUCGAAGUGCAACUCAACAAAGCCAUGUGCCCGCCAGCAUGAAUGGAAAAGAAGAAUAUUAGAAUUUAAUCUAUACAUGAUAAUGAAAAAAUUAUCAAGAUAUGAACCAUUUAUCAAAGAAUUAUGCUAUGUAGUAUGAUUUUGAGAUGUGUAACAAGAAAGUCUAAAUCUUUGGCCUUAUACUUGAAAUCAAAAAUUGCGUGUAUCUCGGAUUUUAUAUCUAUCUAAAAAUUAAUCAGUGCUCUGGAAGAAUAACUCAUGUCCAAUUGCAUUUUUUACUAUUAUGUAAAUUAUAGAUUUACAUACUGGUAAUAUCUUGGAAGCAUUUACUUAAAAGUGAUAUUUUUAAUCAUAAUUCUUCUAAGAUUGUAUUUUCAAACUGAAGUCAUUCUUCUAGAAAACGUUACAAGAGAGUUUGAAGAUAAUUAAAAAUUUUAAUAUAAAUAAAUAAUAUAAUGAC